CCCUAUUUUACCGUGACGCAGUCACGCAUUGAAAGAGCCACGACACUGCCUUCCCACCACGGCACAAACAGAAGAGCUACCGGCUGGUGUGUCUAUAAAGGACAAGCAUCAUCGACUUGGAAAGAGAGAUUUGACCACGCUCGGCUUUCUUCUGAAGUGUCACACAGCAUAAAAAGGAAUGAAGGGAAUGUUUCUCCAGCUGAGCCGUGCGAUCCCACCUGCUCUCCGUUGUGGCAUCCAUUCUGGGACGCGCCCCGUCUCAACUGCUGCCUCCAAAAAGAGGGUUGAGCGCUUGUUGACUUCUGAGGAAAUCUACGCUCGUGAAGGCAAGCAUGGAGCUCACAACUACCAUCCCCUUCCUGUUGCCCUGGAGAGAGGAGAAGGCAUCUAUGUGUGGGAUGUGGGGGGCAACCGGUACUUUGACUUCCUCAGUGCAUACAGUGCUGUAAACCAGGGCCACUGCCAUCCCAAGAUCAUAGCUGCACUCACUUCCCAAGCAUCUAAGCUCACCUUGACUUCCAGAGCGUUCUAUAAUGAUGUGCUGGGAGCCUAUGCGGAGUAUAUCACCAACAUGUUUGGCUAUGAUAAAGUUUUGCCCAUGAAUACAGGUGUUGAGGGUGGUGAGACUGCCUGCAAGCUCGCACGCAAGUGGGCCUACAAUGUGAAGGGGAUUCCCAAAAACAAGGCAAAAAUCAUUUUUGCGGAGGGAAACUUCUGGGGCCGCACCAUGGCAGCCAUCUCCAGCUCCACUGAUCCCAGUAGCUACGAGGGUUUCGGCCCCUAUAUGCCAGGAUUUGAACUGGUCCCAUUCAACGACAUACCUGCACUAGAGAAAGCCCUUCAAGACCAAAAUGUUGCAGCUUUCAUGGUGGAGCCCAUCCAAGGGGAAGCUGGUGUGGUGGUGCCCGACCAGGGCUACCUGACUAAAGUCAGGGAACUUUGCACAAAAUACAAUGUGUUGUGGAUUGCUGAUGAGGUGCAGACAGGCUUGGCACGUACUGGCCGACGGCUGGCUGUGGACCACGAAGAUGUUCGUCCGGAUGUGGUCAUUCUAGGCAAAGCUCUUUCUGGAGGAGUUUACCCGGUGUCUGCUGUACUGUGUGACGAUGAGAUAAUGCUGACCAUCAAACCUGGUGAGCACGGCUCCACAUUUGGAGGAAACCCAGUGGCCUGUCGGGUAGCUAUUGCUGCGCUAGAGGUGAUGGAAGAGGAGAAACUGGCAGAUAAUGCCCAGAGGAUGGGGGAAAAGCUGCGGGCUCAGCUGAACAAACUGCCCAAAGACAUUGUGACAACAGUGAGAGGAAAAGGCCUCCUCAAUGCAGUCGUCAUCAAAGAGACCAAAGACUACGAUGCGUGGAGAGUGUGCUUGCGUCUUCGGGACAAUGGUCUGCUGGCCAAACCCACCCACGGUGACAUCAUCCGCCUGGCUCCUCCCCUCAUCAUCAAAGAGGACGAGCUAGAAGAAUGCAUUGACAUCAUCCAAAGAACCAUCAUGUCUUUCUAAAUAACUGAACAUCACACUGACAUCCUUCAGACUACUAAUUUGCAUUAGCUUAAGCUAUGUUCGGUCAAGUAGCUAGUUUUUUUCUUUUUUCCAGAAGCGGUAUUUCCGGGCUGAGCAUUACUGUAGAAAUACAGUAUAAAAGUACUGUGUAUUUAGUGUUUGCGUCAUUGAGGACACUGACACUGAACAGAGAAACUAGACAGCCUCAGGAAAGAGUGCAAUUGUUAGAACAGUGUUUGUAGUAAUAUUUGCUUUUAGACCGUCAGUAAAUGAAGUAAAGGAUGCGUUUUCUUUUUAAAAUUUUAAUUUUAAAAAGGAAAAGGUCAAAAGUUACAAAAGAUUUUAGUUUUAAUAAGCCUUCACAAAGCUGAAUGAACACUAUCUUGUGUAAGUGAACAACAAAUUUAUUAGUCUGCUGUUACUCAUUUUUUUUAAAUUAGACUACAGACAUAACUGCGGUUUCAUUCCAUGAAAACCAUCUUAAGGAGCUUUAGAAGUCAAUAAAUUUAUAAAGGUUUUAAAUCCCACGUCCUUAAAAGCACAUUUUUAAAAAUCAAAAACAAAAGCUAAAUUAUUAACAAGGAUACAAAUUUGUGCAUUGCUGGAAGAAACAAUCCCACAUGAUUGUAAUAAUUUACACUUCAUACUGAAGGAUUUGGUAUUUGAUUUAUAUAACAUCUUAUUGUUUAAGGACUGCUGAAGCUUGGGAAGGCUUAUGCUGCUUGCUUUGUCUGGCAUGGAGUUAAGAGGUUACUGUAUUCACGUUUUACAUUUCUACAGUAUGUAUAAAUUGUCAUCUUACGGCAAUGUUACCUUUAUGUUGUUGCAUCUGUUUCGCUCUAAAUAAAUUAUUCAACUGUC